AUAAAUACUCUCUAGUUUCAGCAUUACAUGUUUUUGAAGAUGACCUCUAUUUAAAUACUACAAAUAAGCAGGAGCUAUUAGAAAUUUUAGCAGAUCGAGCCUAUAAUCUAGAUUAUGAUUAUAUUGCUAAGUUGUUUUAG